UGCGGGGCGUGGAAAAGCCGCCGCGGGGUUCACUAGCGACGGGGAGCAGGAGCGGCGCGUGAAGUUUUAACGGCGCUCAUUGUGACAAACUGUUCGCCGUGCUGUGCCUCUCCGGCGACUUGUUAGAGCCUCCCUGCGCACCACGUGACUGCACCCUCUCCCCCCCUUCGCUCUCCCUUCCGCAGGUGCUCCGUUCUGAGGUGUGUAUCGGCGCGCUGUGACUCUACGUGCGCGUGUGUGUGCGUGCGUCGCGGCUCCCCACAUGACAGGCGUGGCACGGGAGUCUCCUCAUGGUACGCCUGCACGCUGAUGAACGAGUGGCGCGGAGAAUAUACUCUUACGUUUGAAGAAGAACAAGAUUAACGAGCCCGAGGUGAUGUGACAUGAUGGACGUGAACACCUGUGGCGCUCUCUUGCCAAACCCAAGACAAAAAGCGAGGCCCGGGGACGCGGCGAGUGUAAUAAGUCUGCCUGGACGGGGAUGUUGAGCAGCGGCGGAGACGAGGAGCGAGGGGAGAAACAUAAUAAGCGUUGCAUCACCCCCUGUAUCACGCACACGGCAAAGCAACGGAGCAAAACGGAUCAACUUAUGCAAUGUCGCCGGGGCUUGUGUUGCACUAGGGACGAGAGAUAGCGGUGGAGGGUGAAGAUCAACGGAACGAAAGAAAAAUUGAAUAGAAAAGGUGACGCAAAAACGACGUCCUCACUCCAUCGCGUUCAACAAUCUUUCACAAUCCCUCGCAGCAUCGCCACUUCAAACACCGUCUGCAAAACUCUCUCGUGUCCUUCAUCACGAAACACACGGCGUCAUGCACCAGCCACGCGACACGACAGCAAUUCCUUUACCUCGCUCUCAGGGUCAUAUUCUUAAACACUGCGGCGCUCAAAACCACACAUUUAACAAGGCUUUCGUAGGAGUUAUGGGGCAUUACCUGGGGUAGUUUUAUGACCCUAGUAUUAGUGUGAUCAUUCUUCUGUGCCACGAAACUAAAAGAACACUCAUUAGAACCCGAUCAAUCUCCUUUUUGGGUUUUGGAAAUAGAUGAUGUUAAAGGCGUUUUAGAAUACCGAGCACAGCCUCAUCCCAGCUCCCUCUACAGCAGGACUUCGGUGUUGUUUUAGCGAGGGAGUUGAGGAAGUACAGCACUAAUACACACACACCAUCACUGUCCUGCCGCCCCUCACCUUUGUUAUCCUCUUCAUCGACGUUCCUGAGUCUGAGAAUGCACGCAGACUAAAUUGCAUGCGGGAAAACAUCAUAAACUUUCAAGGUACGCAAUUUUCUGCUCCGGUGGUGUGACUAAAAAUAGAGUAAAGGUGAAAGAAAGAAAGCAUAGCACGUGUUGCACAGGGGGCGACGAGACAGUCCCUUUAAGUUCCUCAAAGUUGGGCGGGGAAAGACGAGACGAGACAAGGUCGCCGACACACGAAAUUUGAAGCAAAAAAAGUAAACGUAAAAACAGAAAACUUGAGAGGCGUCGCCGAAAAUCAACCAGAAUACAAAAAAAGUGGAAAUAAAGCAGAAAAAUUAAGGUAUCCCCGAAAAUCAACCGGAAAACGAAGAAAAAGUGAAAACAAAACAGAAAACUUAAGAUCUUUCUGAGAAUCAACUAGAAAACAAUAAAGAAAAACAAACAAACCUCAACCAGAAAACAAAAAGAAGUAAAAAUAAAAUAAAAAGACAUCCCACCAAAACCGACUAGAAAAAAACAAAAGUAGUAAAAAUAAAACAGACAGCCUUAGAAAUACCCCCGAAAAGUAAAAAAAAUAACAACAAUAACAAAAAAUAAACUCGGGAGGAAGUGAUGAAUGGGGACGAGAGAAGGACAGGACGGGAAGGUGACUGAAAACAUAAAUUACGCGUUAUUUUGGCAAGAGAAGAGGAAGGAGCGAGCGAGCCAAGACGAGCCGGAGAGGAACGGAGAAGGUACCAACGACUGAGCUUAGAGGAGGACCAACACAGCAACACAACUCAACACAAAGAAUCGACAGCAGGUGCCAUGACGCUCCCUCCUGCCUCAAUUAUCUACCUGGUGGCCCUGGUGGGCGCCGCGGGAGGCUUCGCGCCCAGCAUCGAGGCGCCGUCAACCUCGGAGCAGCCGCCCACCACCACCGUGGACGCAGCAUUUCUCCCGGCCUUCCUCGGCAGACACAACACCACCGUCACCGUCCACGCAGGAGACACCGCUACGCUCUCCUGUCACGUGGUGCGGCUCGGGGAGAAAACGCAAGUAACGUGGGCGCGACGGAGGGGCAGCGACAUUGACUUCCUGACGGUGGGACAUCAGACAUUCCACAACGACAAAAGCCGGUACACGCUGAGGUACGAAAAGCCCAACAACUGGAAGCUGCUGAUCCGCCACGCCCAGAAGCGGGACGAGGGGCUGUACGAGUGCCAGAUCUCCACCCACCCGCCGAAGAUAAUGCGCAUGUACCUGUCCGUCAAGGUGCCCGGCAUCGAGGUGCGUGACUCCCGGGGCGAGGCGGUGAGCGAGGCAUACUACCGCGUCGACUCCACGGUGGGCCUGCAGUGCGUGGUGAUGCCCGUCCCGCCCAGCCGCCCCGUGCUCUGGACCUUCGGCGGCCGGCCCGUCACCACCAUGCCGCAGAGGGGAGUCAGGGUGGACACCUCGCUCAUGGGCUCCGGCCUCAGCUCGUGGCUCCACAUCGCCCGCGCCGCCGUCAGUGACUCCGGCACCUACAGUUGCACCGCCGGGGACACCGUGACGGCGGACGUCCGCGUGCACGUGUUGGACGGAGAGAGUUCAGCGGCAAUGCAACACUCAACGACAGAUGCUGGUCCGCCUACACUCCGCCCAACCUCGGGUCUCUUGUUUCUUGUCACCUACGCCGUCCUUGCGCUCACCUAGAACACUGCCGGCCUUAUGUUUCAAGUGAAGAUGAAUCUAUGUGGUGUGGUAUUAAGGCAGAAGUACAAGACAGCCGCUCAGACGAACAAAGGGAAUGAGGGAUGAAUUGUGUGAGCCGGAAAGAAAAAUGGGACAGUUUGGGAUCAGCCGGCGGAAAUGGAUGGUAAGAUAUAUACGGCAGGAAAUGGCACAAAGGAGCGAUGAGAAUUAGAAGGAAGAUAUGGAGAUUCAAAAAGAAGUGGUGUGCUAAAGAAGGAAUGUUGACGAAUGAUAUAGGAGAAAGGUACGUCAGUGGGUAUGGGACUGAAGUAGAAAAAAGUAUCGAAACAAAAGACAAGCGAGCAACGGAUAUUAAAAGGAAGGUAUGAAGAUUCGAAAAGAAAUGCCAUGCUAAAGAAGGAAUGUUGAUAAAUGAUAUGAAAGAAAGGUACGUCAGUGGGUAUGGGAUUGAGGUAGAAAAAAAAAGAAGACAAACGAGCAAUGGGAUACUAAUGAAGAUACUAAAUGGAUACUAAAUGAAGAUUCGAAAAGAAAUGGCGUGCUAAAGAAGGAUAGGCGACAGAUGAGAGACGAAAAAAAAGAAGGUACUUAAGUGGAUGAGGAAUAAAAGUGGAAAAACAAACAAAGAUUAAAGAGAGGUGGAUCACAUAAAAGUGAAACAAAAUUGAAAAGAACCGAAAAAAUCAUUUAAAAUUUAAGAGAGGAAUGUGGAAAAUCGAUGAAGACUGAAUUACAUGAAAAAGUAAAUUGAUGAAUGUGAAGAAUCGAGAAAAAAAAAUAAUGAAUGGAUUUUUUUUAGUAUUUGUGAAUUGUGUUGAUUGCGUAUAUUUCCGUUCAUUCGGUAAAAUAAUGAUGAUAAAUUGUAUUCACUGAUUAUUAUAUUGUAUUCAUCAUUUUAGUGUAUAUAUUGAUUUGUCAUAAUAGCUGAUGUUUUUUUUUUCGAAUGCAAUAGCAGUUUGGCAUCUCUCUCUCUCUCUCUCUCUCUCUCUCUCUCUCUC